UCAGCAUACGUGCAACUACAACCUUGACAUCAAUGUGUUCAGUCUUUGUGCAACGUGAAAGAUCUAUUAGUAUUAUGGCCUAGGUUAUGUCAUAAAUACAUAUUUGUAUCUACAACUUACUUUUGUUGAUUUAUUCGAUUGCCUUCUUUGCUGUUGAACUAGUUUAUAACUUCCAGUAAGAAUGCUGUUAAACGCCUUGAAAUUCACUCUUUUUGUCGUUUUAACAGAACUAGGCAAUGAAGUAAGGAGCUCAGAAUUCAUUGAGAACCGAGUGGUCUCCCAACUCGAUGGCUACCAACCCGCGUGUAGAGAGUGCAUAUGGUGGGUCCAUCCCGACAUCUUUAUUUUCGGUUCUAUAUUUCACCCAAAUGUCACUUACAUGAGAGACAAAGCACAUUUUUUCAACUUCGAGUAUUGCCCAAGCCACAGAAGCAUGCGUAACAAAUGUGCUACCAGUAUCUUCGCGUGGCUGUCGAUUUGCGAAAUCCGAGAUGAACUCAUACACCACGACUGCAAACUGCCAGUCAAUUGGAAAGAUAAAAAUUGUCACUGCCAACAUUCGUUCCCCCGGCGUUUCUUUGCCCAUGUUCCCAUGGAACUUCUAAAGGGAGAGUUUGGCCAGGAGCUAGUGGUAAGGCUACGAUACGGCCCGGCAAUACCCAGAGAAUCAACUUGGGAUAUGAAGAAUACUAUCAAGAUACAAGACAUUAUAGCAAAAGGCCAUAUUUUUAUGGGUCAAGCAGUUCAAGGAUAUUCAACGAGCUAUGCUGCUACUGGCUUUGCAGAUUCUGUUCUGGUGUUGGUUACAACAGUUAUGGCCCUUGUUCUACCUACAUGUUACCGUGUGGUUGGAGAGUAAAGCAGCGGUCGUCUGCCGUGGAACAUACCUGGGAUGGGCCGUAUAAUAUUUUAAAAGUCUGAUCGUGGAUUUCGGGAGAAUGGAGGCUCGUGUGCGUAUGUGUUUUUGUGCAUGUGUGUGU